UUCCGAACACUCAGCAUCAGUUGUCAGCUGCAAAUCCUCUCGAGUCAACCUCAAAAACAAACCACAAAACCAACAACAUGAAAUUCCUGUCGCUUGCCUUUGUCUUGGGUCUGCUGGCUGCCGUGGCCAAUGCCACUCCCCUGAAUCCUGGCAAUGUCAUCAUCAACGGCGACUGUCGAGUCUGCAACGUGAGGGCUUAAGGGCAGCAGAGAUGGAGCAAAACAACCAAGCCAGUUGGAGUUCACACAGCCAAAUAUUAUUAAGUCUUAUAAAAAUGUAAACAAAUAUUCAAAAAAA